AAUCUCCCUACUUUGAGGUUUCCGCCAGAGCCCAAUCGUCUUCCCCAAAGUUUUGGGGAUUUCCCCAUAUAUAGGGAAAUUUUGGUGUUUUUAUGUCAUUUCCUUAAAUUUUCCUAAAAAGGAUGAAAUUUUCCUCAAAAUAGAGAGAUUGAAAAACUAAAAGACCCGAAGGUUCCUUUUCAUGUCAAGACAUAAAUAGGGCGGAAUUGGGUAGUUUACAUCACUUCGACACACGCGUAUUGGAUAUCGUAUUUCUGAAGGUGAUCACUGUGCGCAAGAUACGAAUCAAUCAGAUAUGCGUGUCUUCUCUUGUUGCUUAAAGUCGUUGGGGAUGUCGAGGUAAACUUAAUUAAUGGGAAUGAUCAAAGCGUUCAGCAAACUUUUGUCUCGAGGCUUCAUUCCUACCAGGUUCAGGUCAACCCUCAGUCCAAAAGAUAGGAUGCGUUACAUACAUUGGUGCUCUUUCGUUUUCCUUGCAGGGUCAUUCACUGUAGGUUCAGUUUUACUGACAAGAGACCUUGCAAAAGCCAGAAAAAUAUCAGAAAGAAAAUAUGGUCUGCCAUCUAUUGGUGGCGAUUUCAAUUUGGUUGACCAUAAUGGAAACCCAUGUAAAUUAGCUGAUUUCCGCGGAAAAUGGGUUCUGUUGUACUUUGGGUUCUGCCGAUGUCCAGAUAUAUGCCCAGAACAAAUAGAGAGACUUGUGGAAGUAUCUGACAGAAUAAUGCUUAUUGAAAAACCCAAAUAUCCCUUAGUGCCUGUAUUCAUGUCUGUCGACAGCGAACGUGAUACCCCAGAUAUUUUAGCUAAAUACGUUAAAGCAGGAGUGAAGAUAAAUAAAUAAAAACUAUAUGAAACCGGAAAACAGCUCAUUUGUCCAAAAAGGUUAACGUUCGAAGUACCACAGUUAAUAGUAUUUAAUCAGAGACAAAUCGUAAGUUGAAUUUAAUUAUUUCUAGUGCAUUAAGUGAAAUCAUAAUCUUAUUCAUGUCUUCAACCAUUGAUUUUGAGUAGUUUUAAGCCAAGCACUUGAGGGAUAUUAUUGUUUUUACUUUUUUUACGAAAAUGUGCAAAUGAUAAGCGGUGCACCCUGUAUAAUAUACUUUUCGGUGUCCUAUUGUACCAAAAUUUUCAUGACAUAAAAAGCCAGUGAAAAUGAUUUGUUCACUACUGUCAUCACAAUAAUUCUAAUACUGUCGAGAGUCUUGAUUAAUUGUAAUCUCUUACAACCAAUACUUUUACUUGAGCUGUUGUACAAGGGGAACCCCGAAAAGCAAUUAUCUUAUUGGUGAGUAUUGGCCACGAUAUCUGGUGCCUAGUAUUACCUAAAUUCGUACCUAUUACUCUAUGCAAUACAUUCACCAAGUGUAACUCACUAACUCCUAUUUUAAAUCCCUACAAUUUUAUAUGCAGUGUCAACAUAUUGUGUUUUAUGAGUACAAUAGGUAAUAGCAGAGUCACUGUAUAAUUGGCUAUAGUAAGUUCUGUAACUGGGUCAACUAGAUAAUAAUGGGAUUAAUCAAAUGUUUUUAUUGUAAGUGGUAAGAUCUCAUUUUAAUGAUAAAAUUAUGUUUCUUUCUCGUUUUCGGCUGUAGAAUUUUCACCGCAUCUGAUCGGGCUGACCGGUACUAAAGAAGAAAUUGAUAAAGUUUCUAAACUCUAUCGUAUUUAUUACAGUGCAGGACCAAAAGAUGCAGAUGGCGAUUAUAUUGUUGACCACACCGUUAUAAUGUACUUACUGGAUCCGAAAGGACAAUUCUCCGACUAUUAUGGACAAGUUAAACCAGUACAGGAGAUAGUACAAAAUAUUACAGAAAAAAUGAAUGCAUACAAAGACUAACACUUCGUAUGUUUAUAUGUUCACAUAUGUAUAGUGGAUUACUACUCUUUUAUUGUGUAAUCUGUUCAUUUUCAGUCAAAUAUAAACUACAAUAUUAUUUA